AUGAAGCGGGGAGGACGUGGUGAUGUCAGAACAACACAACCACGUGUAAAGAGGACCGCUAAUUCUCCCACUGCACCUUGACCUCUCAGUCAGUCAGUGGUGGUAAACAACCUGAUUAAAACGUUGCAUUGCCAUAGUCAGAUGUACAGUCCCAAAGCUGUGUGUUGUGUUGUUGAUUUAGUAUGUCAUGUCUGGCUGGAAUUAGAGACAUACUCAUGUACGUGAAGCUGGGAAAACACCUUUCAGACUCCCUAUCCCACAGCACGGGGGGGGCGCCGCAAAGGCCUUUCCCACUACUCUACUCACUCUACGCCAGUGUUUCCCCAACCCUGGUCCUUCAGUUCGGUUAUACAAGGCCAUCUUGAGUCCCAUCCUCUCCUCUUCCAUCACCGUCUGGUUUGGGUCUGCGUCUGCCCGCUCCAAGGGGCAACCGUGGAGGGAAAGAUCACCCACCCCAUCUUCCGAAGACUCCCGGGCAAACAGUUCAGGUCGAUCAUGACCAAAAACCACCCUCAUCAAGCGGCCAUCGGGCUCAUAAGGACGAAGAGACUUUGCGCUCUGAGCCGAACACUGCACCUCUCUCACUCAUGGAAUACUAAUAACUACACUAUAUUGCAUUAGCACUGUGUACACCUCUGUACAAAACUGUAGAUAUACAGACAGGUCCAACACGAUUACGUCACGGCAGCAUCCCCCCCAUUGGAGUGGCCAUCACAAAGCCCUGACCUCAAUCCUAUAGGAAAAUUGUGGGCAGAACUGAAAAAGCGUGUGCGAGCAAGGAGGCCUACAAACCUGACUCCGUUACACCAGCUCUGUCAGGAGGAAUGGGCCAAAAUUCACCCAACUUAUUGUGGGAAGCUUGUGGAAGGCUACUCGAAACGUUUGACCCAAGUUAAACAAUUUAAAGGCAAUGCCACCAAAUACUAAUUUAGUGUAUGUAAACUUCUGACCCACUGGGAAUGUGAUGAAAGAAAUAAAAGCUGAAAUAAAACAUUCUCUCUACUAUUAUAUUCUGACAUUUUACAUUCUAAAAAUAAAUUGUGAUCCUAACUGACCUAAGACAGGGAAUUUUUACUAGGAUUAAAUGUCAGGAAUUGUGAAAAACUGAGUUUAAAUGUACUUGGCUAAGGUAUAUGUAAACUUCCGACUUCAACUGUAUGUAUUCCCCCCCUUUGCAAUGAAGCCCCUACAUAAGAUCUGGUGCAACCAAUUACCUUCAGAAGUCACAUAAUUAGUUAAAUAAAGUCCACCUGUGUGCAAUCUAAGUGUCACAUGAUCUGUCACAUGAUCUCAGUAUAUAUACACCUGUUCUGAAAGGCCCCAGAGUCUGCAACACCACUAAGCAAGGGGCACCACCAAGCAAGCGGCACCAUGAAGACCAACGAGCUCUCCAAACAGGUCAGGGACAAAGUUGUGGAGAAGUACAGAUCAGGGUUGGGUUAUAAAAAAAUAUCAGACCCUUUGAACAUCCCACGGAGCACCAUUAAAUCCAUGGCCCCGUGUAGCUCAGUUGGUAGAGCUUGGCGUUUGCAACGCCAGGGUUGUGGGUUCGAUUCCCAUGGGGGGCCAGUAUGAAAAUAUAUGCACUCACUAAACUGUAAGUCGCUCUGGAUAAGAGCGUCUGCUAAAUGACUAAAAAUGUAAAAAAAUGGAAAGAAUAUGGCAACAAACCUGCCAAGAGAGUGCCACCCACCAAAACUCACAGCCCAGGCAAGGAGGGCAUUAAUCAGAGAGGCACCAAAGAUAACCCUGAAGGAGCUGCAAAGCUCCACAGCGGAGAUUGGAGUAUCUGUCCAUAGGACCACUUUAAGUCGUACACUCCACAGAGCUGGGCUUUACAGAAGAGUGGCCAGAAAAAAGCCAUCUCUUAAAGAAAAAAUAAGCAAACACGUUUGGUGUUCACCAAAAGGCAUGUGGCAGACUCCCCAAACAUAUGGAAGAAGGUACUUUUUUAAAUUUUUUAUUUCACCUUUAUUUAACCAGGUAAGCCAGUUGAGAACAGGUUCUCAUUUACAACUGCGACCUGGCCAAGAUAAAGCAUAGUAGUGCAAUAAAACAACAACACAGAGUUACAUAUGGGGUAAAAAACAUAAAGUCAGAAAUACAACAGAAAAUAUAUAUACAGUGUGUGCAAAUGUAGCAAGUUAUGGAGGUAAGGCAAUAAAUAGGCUAUAGUGCAGAAUAAUUACAAUAGUAUUAACACUGGAAUGCUAGAUGUGCAAGAGAUUAUGUGCAAAUAGAGAUACUGGGGUGCAAAUGAGCAAAAUAAAUAACAAUAUAGGGAUGAGGUAGUUGGGUGGGCUAAUUUCAGAUGGGCUGUGUACAGGUGCAUUGAUCGGUAAGGUGCUCUGACAAGAUGAGACAGUACGCUGGUCAGAUGAGACUAAAAUUUAGCUUUUUGGCUAUCAAGGAAUAACUUAUGUCACCCCGAGAACACCAUCCCCACAGUGAAGCAUGGUGAGGGCAGCAUCAUGCUGUGGGGAUGUUUUUCAUCGGCAUGGACUGGGAAACUGGUCAGAAUUGAAGGAAUGAUGGAUGGGUGCUAAAUACAGGGGAAUUCUUGAGGGAAUCCUGUUUCAGUCUUCCAGAGAUUUGAGACUGGGACAGAGGUUCACCUUCCAGCAGGACAAUGACCCUAAGCAUACUGCUAAAGCAGCACUCAAGUGGUUUAAGGGGAAACAUUUAAAUGUCUUGGAAUGGCCUAGUCAAAGCCCAGACCUCAAUCCAAUUGAGAAUAUGUGGUAUGACUUAAAGAUUGCUGUACACCAGCAGAACCCAUCCAACUUGAAGGAGCUGGAGCAGUUUUGCCUUGAAGAAUGGGCAAAAAUCCCAGUGGCUAGAUGUGCCAAGCUUAUAGAGACAUACCCCAAGAGACUUCCAGCUGUAAUUGCUGCAAAAGAUGGCUCUACAAAGUAUUGACUUUGGGGGGGGGGGGGGGGGGGGGGGGGGGGGGGGGGGGGGGGGGGUGAAUAGUUAUGCACGCUCAAGUUCUGUUUUUGUCUUAUUUCUUGUUUGUUUCACAAUAAAAAAUAUUUUUCAUCUUCAAAGUGGUAGGCAUGUUGUGUAAAUCAAAUGAUACAAACCCCCCAAAAAAUCCAUUUUAAUUCCAGGUUGUAAGGCAACAAAAUAGGAAAAAUGCCAAAGGGGGGGGUGAAUACUUUCGCAAGCCACUGUAUCUAUAUAUGCAGAGUUUAAUGUUUUAUGUUCACUGUGUUUGCAAUGUAUAUUCUGUAUGUUUAAUAUGUUGACUGUGUGUCUGUAUUCUGUCUUUACAUUGUCUAUUGUUGGCAGCACCUAUUCCCUAAGUCACAUUACGGGGAAAUGUACUUGGUGAGUAAAGUGAUUGUGAUUUUGAUGUAACCUCAUCAGACAGUUAUCCGAAGUAAUAAAACACUACAUGUAAAUCCACAUUAUUUGCAUUCUUGAGAUGCACGAAGAAUUCUGUUUUUUUCUGGAAAAGGGCUUAGCAGCUUGCAUUACAAAUACCAAUAUACCAAUACCAAUUCUGUGGGAGCCUAGGCAGAGAGCUCUGUAAAUAUUGUACAUAUUUUCAUUAUUUUUAAGUGUUUUUUUGUAGCAUUUUUUAAAACAUAUUUUAGGGGGGGUUGGCUGCUCUACAGGUUGAUCACUAUAUCCUGUGGUCUUCACUCAGAGUUGCAGGAUUGUGAUGAAAAGUGGCUUCACCCAGGUGGGUGCUACAUUCCUGGAGAUGGAGGACCAGAUCCAGAGGAGAGGCUCCAAUGGAGUGACUGACCAGAACCAGAGGAGAGGCUCCAAUGGAGUGACUGACCAGAACCAGAGGAGAGGCUCCAAUGGAGUGACUGACCAGAACCAGAGGAGAGGCUCCAAUGGAGUGACUGACCAGAACCAGAGGAGAGGCUCCAAUGGAGUGACUGACCAGAACCACUCCUCCAUACAGACCUUCUCCCGUUUCGGGGCUGUCGCUGGGCAAUAUGGACUUUCAGCUCCCUCCAAAGAUUUUCUAUUGGGUUCAGGUCUGGAAACUGGCAAGGCCACUCCAGGACCUUGAGAUGCUUCUUACGGAGCCACUCCUUAGUUGCCCUGGCUGUGUGUUUCGGGUCGUUGUCAUGCUGGAAGACCCAGCCACGACCCAUCUUCAAUGCUCUUACUGAGGGAAGGAGGUUGUUGGCCAAGAUCUCGCGAUACAUGGCCCCAUCCAUCCUCCCCUCAAUAUGGUGCAGUCGUCCUGUCCCCUUUGCAGAAAAGCAUCCCCAAAGAAUGAUGUUUCCAACUCCAUGCUUCACGGUUUGGAUGGUGUUCUUGGGGUUGUACUCAUCCUUCUUCUUCCUCCAAACACGGCGAGUGGAGUUUAGACCAAAAAGCUAUAUUUUUGUCUCAUCAGACCACAUGACCUUCUCCCAUUCCUCCUCUGGAUCAUCCAGAUGGUCAUUGGCAAACUUCAGACUGGCCUGGACAUGCACUGGCUUGAGCAGGGGGACCUUGCGUGCACUGUAGGAUUUUAAUCCAUGACGGCGUAGUGUGUUACUAAUGGUUUCCUUUGAGACUGUGGUCCCAGCUCUCUUCAGGUCAUUGACCAGGUUCUGCCGUGUAGUUCUGGGCUGAUCCCUCACCUUCCUCAUGAUCAUUGAUGCCCCACGAGGUGAGAUCUUGCAUGAAGCCCCAGACCGAGGGUGAUUGACCGUCAUCUUAAACUUCUUCCAUUUUCUAAUAAUUGCGCCAACAGUUGUUGCCUUCUCACCAAGCUGCUUGCCUAUUGUCCUGUAGCCCAUCCCAGCCUUGUGCAGGUCUACAAUUGUAUCCCUGAUGUCCUUACACAGCUCUCUGGUCUUGGCCAUUGUGGAGAGGUUGGAGUCUGUUUGAUUGAGUGUGUGGACAGGUGUCUUUUAUACAGGUAACGAGUUCAAACAGGUGCAGUUAAUACAGGUAAUGAGUGGAGAACAGGAGGGCUUCUUAAAGAAAAACUAACAGGUCUGUGAGAGCCGGAAUUCUUACUGGUUGGUAGGUGAUCAAAUACUUAUGUCAUGCAAUAAAAUGCAAAUUAAUUACUUAAAAAUCAUACAAUGUGAUUUUCUGGAUUUUUGUUUUAGAUUCCGUCUCUCACAGUUGAAGUGUACCUAUGAUAAAAAUUACAGACCUCUACAUGCUUUGUAAGUAGGAAAACCUGCAAAAUCGGCAGUGUAUCAAAUACUUGUUCUCCCCGCUGUAUUCGUAAACCAACGUUAUGAUGUUCGAGGCAUUUUCCUCUCAUGAAAGUACUGCUUGUUUUUGAACUCUCACGUCCAUGCUUGACCCCAAAGGGCUGAUUGCUUAAUUAAGUGAGAAGAACAUGGCAUUGUUGAUACCGCUAGCCCGAGUAAAUGUGUUUGUUGGUUGUUUUGACUGACACUAAAUUGGGUUCAAUGCUAGAGGUCCCCAUGUCACAACAUGUCUCAAUGAGCCGUCCAUUCAGAACAGGCAAUAAAGCAGCCACUCUUCCUUUCAGGACGGAAAAUACAGCAGCCCCUCUUCCUUUCAUAACAGGCAAUAAAGCAGCCACUCUUCCUUUCAUAGCAGGCAAUAAAACAGAAUUCUUCCUUUCAGAACAGGAAAUACAGCAGCCCCUCUUCCUUUCAGAACAGGAAAUACAGCAGCCCCUCUUCCUUUCAGAACAGGAAAUACAGCAGCACCUCUUCCUUUCAGAACAGGAAAUACAGCAGCCACUCUUCCUUUCAGGACGGAAAAUACAGCAGCCCCUCUUCCUUUCAGAACAGGAAAUACAGCAGCUCCUCUUCCUUUCAGAACAGGAAAUACAGCAGCCCCUCUUCCUUUCAGAACAGGAAAUACAGCAGCCCCUCUUCCUUUCAGAACAGGAAAUAAAGCAGCCCCUCUUCCUUUCAGAACAGGAAAUACAGCAGCCCCUCUUCCUUUCAGAACAGGAAAUACAGCAGCCCCUCUUCCUUUCAGAACAGGAAAUACAGCAGCCCCUCUUCCUUUCAGAACAGGAAAUACAGCAGCCCCUCUUCUUGGUGAUCAAAUACAAAAGUAUCACAGCAACCCCUAUAAACUGUCCCCUCACCCUGCUACCACCCUGCUACCACCCUCCUCCCACCCUGCUACCACCCUGCUCCCACCCUGCUCCCACCCUGCUACCACCCUGCUCCCACCCUCCUCCCACCCUGCUACCACCCUGCUACCACCCUCCUCCCACCCUCCUCCCACCCUGCUACCACCCUCCUCCCACCCUGCUCCCACCCUGCUACCACCCUCCUCCCACCCUCCUCCCACCCUGCUACCACCCUGCUACCACCCUGCUCCCACCCUGCUACCACCCUGCUCCCACCCUGCUCCCACCCUGCUACCACCCUGCUCCCACCCUGCUACCACCCUCCUCCCAACCUGCUACCCACCCUGCUCCCACCCUGCUACCACCCUCCUCCCAACCUGCUCCCACCCUGCUCCCACCCUGCUCCCACCCUGCUCCCCCCUGCUACCACCCCUGCUCCCACCCUGCUACCACCUCCCUCCCUCCACCUGCUCCCACCCUCUCCCACCCUCUCUCCCACCCUGCUCCCACCCGUCCACUCCCCUGCUACCAACCCUGCUCCACCCUGCUACCACCCUCUCCACCUCCACCCUGCUACCACCCUUCCUCCCACCCUCUACACCCUCUCCCACCCUUCUCCCACCCUCCUCCACCUGCACCACCCUGCUACCACCCUCCUCCCACCCUCCUCCACCUCCUCCCCCACCCUGCUACCACCCCUCCCCCCCACCCUGCUCCCACCCUCCCUCCCACCCUUUGCUCCCACCCUCCUCCCACCCUUGCUACCACCCUCCUCCCACCCUCCUCCCACCCUGAUCUGGCCUAAUUGCUGCUAUGCUACUGUAUACUUUGAGCUGACAUAUCUAUUGCCUUACCUCCAACUUGCUACAUUUGCACACACUGAAUAUAGAUUUUCUAUUGUGUUAUUGACUGUACGUUGUGUUUACCCCAUAUGUAACUCUGUGUUGUUGUUGUAUUUAAAUCGCACUGCUUUGCUUUAUCUUGGCCAGGUCGCAGUUGUAAAUGAGAACUUGUUCUCAACUAGCUUACCUGGUUAAAUAAAGGUGAAAUAAAAAUAAAUAUAUAAAAAUUACUUUCAGAGAGCUUGGUCCAAAUGUGAGUGUUAAUCUGGCACUCUAUUGUUGAAAAGAGAUUGAUGGUAUUGUAUGUCCAAUAUGUUUAGAAUGUGGAGAGGCUACAUGCAUAGAUGUGACAGCAUAUUAACCUACAUGUUAUACCCUCUGUGUUUUAGAUUGAAGGAAAAGUAUAGCAUGUGCCUUUGUGAUUAGGGUCAACAUUUUGGCUAAAAUUAGGCAUUGGCAUUUAUAUGUGGAUAAAGGUAUUUAUAAUUCCCUGUGGGGUUUAAGUGCAGUGUUGUGUGAUUUUGGGUUCUUCAUUAUAUAGUGCACUACUUUUGACCAAAACCCUAUGGGGCCGAAUAUGGUGCCAUUUGGGAUGCAUAUGUUGUAUUCAUUAUAGAGAUCAGGAGGUGUUGUAGACGUUGUAUUCAGUAUAGAGGUUAGGUGGUGUUGUAGACGUUGUAUUCAUUAUAGAGAUCAGGAGGUGUUGUAGACGUUGUAUUCAUUAUAGAGAUCAGGAGGUGUUGUAGACGUUGUAUUCAUUAUAGAGAUCAGGAGGUGUUGUAGACGUUGUAUUCAUUAUAGAGAUCAGGAGGUGUUGUAGACGUUGUAUUCAUUAUAGAGAUCAGGAGGUGUUGUAGACGUUGUAUUCAUUAUAGAGAUCAGGAGGUGUUGUAGAAUGUUCUUGUAAAGCGCCGUAGUCCAGAAAUCAAAUGAUCAGCACCUGGCCUUUACCUAAAUCAACUGAACAUACGCUUGAUCUGUAAAGGUAUUUCCUUUUGGCCAAGUCCAGCAUCAUGAUGACUACCGAUUAGUUUGUAGGCCAAUAGGGCUAAGGUUUUCCAGCUUGCAGGUAUGUUCUGUUCUUUGCUUGUUUAAGCAGUAGAAAGGCACCGGCUUACGCAGUUAAUCCUCUGUUUCUAGAAGCCCACAAGGCAUCCACAAGAUAGCGCAUCCACAUUUCCCAUCUGCAGUCUUCUUGGUGAUGGCUCCCCAAAUCAGACCACACUCCUUCCAUCUCCCUGUCAUUUGUCCUCCUCCUCCCUUUCUCUUUUUGGAUGUCCUGGCUUUGUCUUCCCAUCAGGUGUCCAGCAUGGGAGAGACGGAGACAGAGGGACAGGCCUAUCAGACAGGGUCAUGUAAGGGCAGGAGGCAGGAAUCAGAUGUUUCAAUGUGUUGUUCUGACAGACUCCACACCAGUUUGUUUGGCCAUCAACCACUGAAACAGCUGCAAGAGGCGCCCCAGGGUAUAUCUGAGAGAAGCGCUCCCCGGGGCUCUCUGUCUCUCUGAGGUGUGGACACGGAGCAGCCAACUAAUGCUGAGCACAGUGUUCAAUUCUCCGUGUUCAGACCGGGGUUCCCAAUAAGAGUUUGGGUUGGACGGAGAAAGGGGAAGUGCUGCCAGUAGAGCUGUGGGGAUGCAGGACGGGACAGAGAGACUGUUCCUAAAGCUAAGGGGAAGUGCGGCCAGUAGAGCUGUGGGGGAAGCAGGACGGGACAGAGAGUACUGUUCCUAAAGGACUAAAGGGGAAGUGCUGCCCAGUAAGGAGCUGUGGGUGAUGCAGGACGGGAUCAGAGAGACUGUUCCUAAAGCUAUGGGGAAGUGCUGCCAGUUAGAGCCUGGGGGGGGAUGCAGGACGGGAACAGAGAGACUGUUCCCUAAAGCUAAUGAGGAAGGGAUGCCAUAG